UUUUCCUCAAGUUUCUCUCGUCUCCCUCUUUUUCUCUCUUCCUUCUUUGUUUGGUCUCCUUUAUAGUCCACUCCAUCACUUUCUUUCCAUUCAUGUCUUCUUCUUCAUCAUCAUCACCAUCAUCUUCAUCACCUUCCACAUCUGAAUUUGAUAGUGGCAAUGCGGCUGGUACUAGCACCGUACGACAAAGAAGGGGUGAUUUUGAAGGGCCAUCAUCUUCGAGACGACGUGCCGUCAGUGAGGUCUGGCCGGAGCCUUUCCUCGAAGCCCUCGCGGCCCAAGUCGCCAUUGCCGCUUCUCGCAACAUUGGCCGCCUCGCCGCAGCUGCUGCACUCGCCAAUGUCUUCCAGGUCUGCUCCACGUGGCGCGCCGUUUCCCGCUCGGACCUGCUCUGGCGCCGUCUCACUCGCCGGAUUUGGGGCCGGACUCGCCUCCUCCAGGACACGUGGCGCGACGAGUACGUCUACUGGCAUCGUACGGCUAGAAACUUCCGGACAAGGAGGUAUGCGCACACGAUACUCUACUUUGACCCGUCUGACGUGGACGAUCCGGAUGGACUGACUUGCCGGUGCCUGACUCUCUCCGACAACUACCUCGCCUGCGGCUUCGCGGACGGCGCCGUCCGACUCUUCGACCUCGCCACGCGCCUCCACGUCAGCACGUACCGGCCCCACCACCGCGACAGGUUGGGCCGAUUUUCCCGGGCCGUUACGGGGAUCGUCAUCAGCAAUUCUCGGCUCACUUUCGCCACCCUGGACGGUGACAUCCACGUGGCGGACGUGCCCGGCCCUCCAAUCACGCGGAGGGCCCACUUAGGCCAAGUGAUGAACGACGGCGUGUUGGUGGACUUUACCGGCUGCGGGAGGUGGUGGGUGGGUCUGUACGCCGGCGUUCCGGGUCGGGCCAUCCACAUCUGGGACAGUAACACGGAAGAGCUCGUCUUCGUGGGCGGGGAGUUGACCGAGCCGGAAGCGGUGGUGGGCUGGCACAUGCUGACCGAGAUGACCGGGUUCGUGGGCCGGGUCCGGGUCACGACCCAAGAGACCGCCGUGGCGUGCACGAGCGCGCGAGUCAUCGUCUUCGAUUUGCGGAACCGAGGAGAGGUCCUGGCGGAGGAGCAUAGAGGAAUCGUCGUGACGGCGACCGACGUCAGCGACGCGGCGUACGUUGUCGUCGGAAACAGGGGACUGGCUAGGGUGCGCCGGGCGGACACGUCGGAGGAGCUGUGCAGGUUCACGGUGAGAGGCGCCGGGCAGAUGGGGGCGAUGGGUUGCAUGAACAGCGGGUACGCGCUGAUGUGCGCCGGCGGGGUGAUUAGGGUUUGGGAGGUGGAGCGGGGCGAGGAGCUGUACACUUUCUGGGAGAACGUGGGGGCGGUCAACGCUUUUGUCUGCGACGAACGACAUGUCGCGGCGUGGGGUAGUGAUGCGACACUGCACCUGUGGGACUUUGGUGGUCAGGAGUAGAUAGAGCAGCAGCAGUAGAAGAAGGGUUUAGGGUUUUUUAAGGCAACGUGGGAUUUAAUGUGACACUGACGAAACAAAGCUUAGAGCAAAAUGGUGAUUGGAUUCUUAUGGAGGGGAACUGACAUAACCAAGUGUACUUUUGAACAAAGAAAACAAUUAGGGUAGUGGACUUUUUCUAGGUUAAGAAACCCUGCAAGAUAUUAAAAUCAAAGUCCUGACCCUGUUCUCUAGUCUAGUUUUGUUCAGGUUCUGGGAGGGAUACCUGAGUGGUUGCUUUCACUUGUACUUUAAUUUUAUGACUU